GCCGGUCUUUGAUAUCUCCAAUUUUUCCACACACCCACUUACAAAACUUGCCAUUCUCCACCCAAUUUGAAGGUCAUCCAUUGAGAUACCUAAAAAAUGGCAGAAGCACCCAAAGCAACCAGUACGAUAAGCCUGAAGCUUUUCAUAGACAAGAAGAUAAAUCGAGUGCUAUUUGCUGAAGCAGGCAAGGACUUUAUUGAAUUUCUCUUUCAAUCUUUCACUUUGCCGGUCGUGACUGUCACUAACUUCCUAAAAAGUCAAGAAAUGCUAGGGUGCUUGCAAAACCUAUACGAAAGCAUUGAAAACCUGAGCCAAAGUUACCUUCAGCCAGGCCAAAGCAAAGACUUGGUGUUGAAGCCAAAAGGAGUAAUGUCUGGUACUACAGACUCCUUUCUCUUGCCAAGGGUCGAGUCCUAUACGUUCAGGAAAUUUUAUGAGUGUAGCAGCUACUCAUGCAGAAGCCGUGACCAGCUGUCUUCUACAGAGGGCGGACAUUGCAUUCCAUGCUCAUCAGCAUCAAUGAACCGCGUGGUAUCGCUCAGUGUUGAAGAGUUAAUAAGCGCGAACAAAGCGGUUAGUAAUUUCAAUUUGUUGAAAGAGUGGGUCAGAUUCAUAGUGAUGGAUGAUCUGCGGAUGAUGCCCUUGCACGCUGACACUUUCAUAACUCUGCUUCAUGAGUAUGAUAUCAAGGAUUUAAGGAUGCUUGAAAAGAUAGUGGUCGAUUUGGACAUGGAUGAGUCUGUGAAAUUGCUCAAGGCUGCUCUUCAAUCCAAGACUGCUCUGACUGAUGUCUUCUUGCCGGCUGCUCUUCAAUCCAAGACUGCUCUUCCAGCUAGCUCGCCCUAUAUAUAAAACGAGGGAAAGAAGAGAAUUAAUCCUUAUUUGUUAACUAGGAAAUGGUUGGAAAGUGCAAUAUUGCGAAACUAUAUAUCUUUACGAGUUAUUUUGGGUGAGGCUAAUUAUUUGAGUGUGUGCUACAAAAUGCAAUGUCAUGUACUGUAUUAAUUGUUUUCUUUUAUCUAUAUUUUUGAGAUGUACGUAAAUUUUAAACACGCCUGUCUUGCAUCGAUCGUAUUGUGAGUGGAUUAUUAAUAUUAAUGUAGUCUACAUGCUUAAUUAA